GAAAAGUCAGAGGCUUGUGUCAAGCAGUUGACUGUGACUCCCUCCGUCAGUGUACAGCCGGGCUGCAGCACCACUCCCCUGUCAAAGCAGGAUCUAUCUUCUUCCCGAGCCUCGCAGCCUGUCUGUCCGCUGCCUCUGUGAUUGACUGGACUGCUGUGGGAGCACAAAGGUUUCCUCUUGCUGGAUGUCAGCAACCAAAACCGUGUUGUUUCUCAGGACGGGGAAGGGGAGAAAAUUGGAAACAGACCCACCCACCCUGGAGAGCUAGUCGGUCCAGGAAAAGUAUUAAAGUGCAAAGUAUGAAGGAGACACACAACAACAGUCCUUCACUGCAAAGCUGAGGGGAGACAAGCUCAGAGAGACGCAGAGGAGAACUAGUUUUUGUUUAGAAAAAGGCUGGAAAGAUGUGACACAGUGAGCGUUGCUGUCACAACACCGGUUGUCCUCUGUACUGAUGUUCUUUUAAGCAAGUGGAUGUGAUCAUCAGAAACCAGGUUUCAUUAUCCAUACAUGGGGAGCAACCCAUGGACCUAAGUGUGACCCAGAGGUUGUUGCACCCAGGCUUAGAUUCGGCCAUGCUGGCCCCCCACCCUCCCUUCUUCCUGGGACCCCUCACCUCUCAGCAUUGCUCCCAGUUUUCCCAGCAGCACUUGCAGUAUAACAUGGAGCCAGAGAAAAGAGAAGAGCUACAACAGCUGAUACGGAAGAGUAAAAAUGAGCAGAGUGCAGUAGCCAGUCCUCUGGUAAAGCAGAAACUUCGGGAACACAUAUUUAUGAAGAACCAUACCAACCACAGCAGUCCUUCGCCAGGAUACAGGCUCCCGAUUCCUGACUUGUCUCCAAAGUCUCAGCCUUCAGCCUAUGACCAGCGUAAAGACCUCCCCCUGCGCAGGACAGUCUCUGAGCCCACACUGAAGUUGAAGUUAAAGAAGCUCAUCAGUACAAGGCCAAACCCGCUGCAGCGCAAGAUCAGCGCCCCUCCCACUGUCAAGCACAGGACAGAAACUCUGGACUGCUCCCCCAGCAGCAGCAGCACCCCAGCAUCAGGGUGCAGCUCACCCAACGACAGCCUCCAUUCUGAUAAUGGGCACCUCCAACUGACUCAUGAGGCACAGAGGUUGCUGGCCCAUUUCACCUUGCCACCCAACCACACUGCCAUGCCCAAUAUCACUGCUGGACGUCCUGCACAGGAGGGAGUAGCAAUGCCGCUGGCAUUAUCUGCUCUGCAUCAGGUCUACCUGCCUCUGGAAGGAAGUAAUCCAGCCCUGGCUCAGCGCCUGCAGCCUGUGCUCAUACUGGAACCACACACUGGGCUAGUGCACUCCCAACUUGUCUCUUUUCAUGGUUUGAACUCCAUUGCUCUUCAGCUGCAGCCUCACCUGUCUUCCCCCACCAGAAGAGAAGGCGUAGUUACCUUGCCCUCCAAAAAACCCCUGGAGCGAACACGCUCAGAGCCUCCGCCCUACAGCCACUCACCCCUACACAGUCUACAUGCCAGCCGUCAUGCACACAUUCAGCACCAGCUGACCCAGCAUUACUACAGGAGUGGGCUGGAGAGGUUCAAGCAUAAUGCGCACCUGAGCAAGCUGACGUCCAUUGAGAAGCCUCGUCUGACACAGAUCCCAUCGGAGGACAUGGACCUGGAGGAGAUUGGAUCAGGAUCAGGUUCGGGGCCCGGGUCCGUGUGCGAUUCAGAACCUGGCUCCAUGUGUGAGGAGGGCUACCGCAGGAGACAGAGCACUGCCAGCACAGACUCAGUUUACGACACAGAGUCCACUACCUCCUCAAGGGACAGCUUGAUCGAGCCCUCACAUUCACUCAGCCAGAGGCAGGUGAUCCUCAGAUCAGGUCUCCAGCAAGACUCCCUAGGUGUGCCUGCCCUAAUUUGGCCUCACCAGCCUCUGGGUCGGACCCAGUCCUCCCCAACCUCCACCUCCCUGCCUCCUUCACAUUCACAUCCGCCCAUAACCAAACCUUCCCUGUCACUGUCCAGCCCUAUUGCAGAUGUCCAGCUACGCUUCACCACAGGUCUGGUUUAUGAUGCUCAGAUGCAGAAGCACCAGUGUACCUGUGGAGACAACAGUCGCCACCCUGAGCAUGCUGGGAGGGUCCAGAGCAUCUGGUCCAGACUGCAUGAAAGAGGUCUCAGAAGCCAGUGUGAGCGCAUUCCCAGUAGGAAGGCCACUCUAGAAGAGCUGCAGUCAGUCCAUUCAGAGAAACAUGUUCUUCUUUUCGGCACCAACCCACUCAACCGCCUCAAGCUGGACAACCGUAAGCUGGCUGGAAUUUUAUCUGAACGGAUUUUUGUGAUGUUACCAUGUGGAGGAGUUGGGGUUGACAUCGAUACAAUCUGGAAUGAGCUUCACACGUCAGUAGCUUCCCGUAUUGCUGCAGGAUGUGUCACAGACCUGGCACUGAAGGUGGCACAAGGAGAGCUGAAGAAUGGCUUUGCUGUUGUAAGGCCUCCUGGACACCAUGCAAACCACUCCUCCCCUCUGGGCUUCUGUUUCUUCAACUCUGUGGCCAUCGCUGCCAAGCAGCUCCAACACAAACUCAACGUCAGCAAGAUCCUCAUCGUGGACUGGGAUGUUCACCAUGGCAACGGCACCCAGGAGGCCUUCUAUAAUGACCCGAGCGUGCUGUACAUCUCGCUCCAUCGCUAUGACAACGGCAACUUCUUUCCUGGUAGUGGACAUCCCAGCGAGGUGGGUGCAGGUGCAGGCGAGGGCUUCAAUGUGAACGUAGGAUGGACGGGGGGUUUGAACCCUCCCAUGGGUGACGCCGAGUACCUGGCUGCCUUCAGAACUGUGGUGAUGCCCAUUGCCCACGAGUUUUCCCCUGAUGUGGUGCUGGUGUCCGCUGGCUUUGAUGCUGUCGAAGGACAUUUGUCAUCACUGGGAGGCUACAAGGUCACAGCCAAGUGUUUUGGCUUCCUGACCCGUCAGCUAAUGUCACUGGCCGGGGGUCGGGUGGUCCUGGCUCUGGAGGGGGGACAUGACCUCAAGGCCAUCUGUGAUGCCUCUGAAGCCUGCGUCAGUGCCUUGCUGGGCAUGGAGGUGGAGCCUCUGUCCCAGUCCGUGUUGGACCAGAAGCCUUGUGAAAAUGCUGUACAGUCGCUGCAGAGAGUCAUCCAGUUUCAGGGUGAGUACUGGCAGAGUGUGAAGGACUCGGCCGCUACAAUGGAUCUGUCCUACCUGCACGCGCAGAGACGGCGGCUGAGACGGGACUCGGACAGCGAGGCCGUCAGCGCCAUCGCCUCGCUGUCAAUGGGAGCUAUCGCCUCUGACAAGAGACAGACAGAAAAACUGACAGAGAAAGGUGACUCUCUAUAAAUAAAUAAAAAGAGUCUCCUGACUGCUGCCUUCAACCAAGUCUCACACAUACACACACACACACACACACACACACACACACACACACACACACUCACACACACACAUACACACACACACACACACACACUCACACACACACACACACACACAGAGAGCUAUGCAUUUGGACCAUCACUGGAAGCAGAUGUCCUCCUCAGUUCGACCACUGUAUUCAUCGCCUCACAAAAAACUCCUCCACCUGCAUAACUACUGGCUGAUUCAAACACUCACUGAGCGACAACAUCAUUCACCUGAGCAACAUGCAUACUCUCAUGACGCCUCUACAGGCUUUUUCUCAAGAGGACAUCGCUCACUGAAAUGAGAAAAAGUUGAAAAGAUAGACAACCAGAGGCGGAUUAGUGAAGGAUCUCCGCUCUGUUGUAGCAUUGGGAGCUGACAACACACACACUUGACAAAGCACAGCUCCGCAACUUUAAACAUCCACCUUGUAAAUGAUUCCCACAAGAACUGGUGUAACCUUGAAGGCGGGGUCAAAGGUCACCCGGGCUUACUAGAGCCAAUCACUCCGCGCGGAAGGAGUCGUCCCCGCAGGACGUGCCGGUGAAGGAGAGCAGACAUGUCCUCCGCGUCCCACUAUGAUGAUGUCAUUUAUCUGAACGUGACAAAGAUCCGAUGAAGGAAAAAGAUCGGGAGCUUCUGAUCGUUUUGCACUGCAGCGUUCGGCCAUGUUGACAAUCAAACGACUUGUUUGUUCAUGUUUUGUACUUUAUUUUUUGAAUAUUCACUCAUUUGACCUUUGGCACACAUUUUUGUGAAUGUCAGCCGGAGAUGUUUAAGAUUCCAGUAAGAAGCUACAGUGAAGUCUGACGUACACAUGUUUCAGAUUGUUUUGUAUGUCCACAUAUUUUCUUAAAUCGCUUUUUCUCUUGGCCUGUCGGGCGAGCAUAUGCAGCAAGACUCUGGAUGGCUGCAGUUAUUGUUUAAUGCUCCCCAGCAGAUAAAAGCAGCCUUUGAUGAAGUGCAUCUUAAAGUGUAGACAUACUGUAGUUUUUUAUCAGUGGCAUUAGUCACAAUGAAGAGAUAAUACCUCUCGACUUUGGAGUAUCGAUAUCAGGGGAGGAAGAGAUUCUUUACACGUCAGCAAAGACAGAAAUCACCCAUGAUGCCUCAGUGCAGCGUGACCACUCAGAAAUGAUUGUAUAUGUGACAAUGCAGAUCACAUUUUGGACGAGACCAUCCAAAGACUUAAUGACAAUUACACACUUAAAGUGCACUUACAUUGCCCUCAGGAUGGGAGGGGUCUUUAAAUCUGAACUUUGAUAAUGUUUGUUAAGUGGACCAGUGUUUCUACCUGUGGAUAAGCAUUCCUGCUGUACUUUUUAAAAUGUGUCCUUCGUUCGUCAUUGACUUAGCAGCGCUGUGUUUACCGUCAACGACAGGGAUGUUUUUUCGGCCCGGACCAAACAACAAAGUUUUAGCAGUUAAGAUGGAGCAAUAGUACUGAGAUAGUUGAAUAUCCACACAGUGCAAUUGGACACAGGUUAAGCGCAACCAAAGUUUAUGAGAACAAUGUGCCGUCCCUGGACUGGCAUGGCUUAAAGAACUUCAAAGACUUUGAAGAGUUUGUGAAUGUUUCUUUUUUCUCUCCAAACAGUUGAACAGCACCAAAAGCACAAGACGGAUAUAUAAACAAAUUCAUUUCUCCAAAAAGAAAACCUAUUUAUACAUUCAGAUUCUGUGUCUUUGAAGUGCUCUUUGCAUGUCUAACACAAUUUUGACGGUGCUAUGGAUCGUUUUGUUUUUUUUCAAGUGCAGUACGUUUGCUUUUUUUGUUUCUUUCUUUCUUUAUGUUGCAUUGUGUACGCAACUCAAAACCUGCCGAGUCUUUGUUAAUGUAAUGAAAAUGUGAAAAAUAAUGACGGCGAGUUUCCGCUCCAUAUCAUGAAGGACAGUCCAAGUGUAGCUUUGUGUAGUUUUACGAGAACAUUCAUGACAGCGACCUGACAAAUCUCAUGUCUUAUCUUUCGUCUUAAUUCAUGAAAAUUACUUAUUUUUGUAUUUGAUCUGAAAAAAGGAACCCUGUGCGUACUUAGAGACCAAAUUGUCAGCCUGUGUGCCUUGAAGUGAAGCUGACCAACCUGUGUGAAGGUAGCCUUAACAAACUGGAUCUUAAUAAAACUGCAGGAAAAUUAAUGAAUUAUUUUUCUCUUCACUGACUCUCUGUACAGUGUACAUAAGGACUUUGUUUUGUUGUCUGCCUUUGUCUUUUCUACUGUUUUUGUUUCCAAAACCUAAAUAAAGGUAACUUCUAUACAUUUGAA